CACGACACACUGUUCCGGCAAUCACCGGACGAUUCUGUGGUCGUUCGCCUUGGUCAAUCCCUCGACUUCGCUAUCCCACCUGCAUCUAAAUCAGCAUGCGUUGUUAGGACGAUCGAAGUUACCCUCAACAACAUCGCAAGAGUGGUCAAUCGGCCGCCUCUGGACUACACCUCAUCCGCACCCUAAUACCCCACUGUCAACAACACGAUCUCAAGCAAGCAUGACCGAUUCGUCAGCCUCCGUCUCCCCGCCAUCUCGAGCUGGAUUGAAGCAGCGGACAGUAUGCGCCGCCAUCCCUGUCGACCCUGUCAACCAGAGAGUCCUCAUGGUGACGUCUCGCAAGCAUGACACCAAAUGGAUCUUUCCCAAAGGUGGUCACGAGAAGGAGUUGGGCGAGAGUUAUGCCGAAGCGGCGAUCCGGGAAAGCUGGGAGGAAGCUGGUACCCCAAGAGACUUGCUCGCCAGCGAUAUUGGUAACGAGGUGCACGUUGGGAGCAGCAUGUCUGGUGACGGGGAGAGACGGAUAGAUUACCACGUCUUUGAGAUCGAAGUCGAUCCCGAUGCACUAUGUGACGACUGGCCCGAGGCCAAAGAACGAAAGCGGGAGUGGGUGUCCGUCCCCGAGGCGUUGGCACGAUGCCAAGCCUGGGCGAACGAGCGGAAUACCAAGAUCGACCUCUACAUGGGGUUCAAGCAGUGUCGCGUGCACAAACGGUAUCUCGAUAGCAAAGGCGCGGAAUCGACAAAUGGGAUCGAGGUGAAGGUUGGAGUAGGCACCGAUCCCAUCGCCGAGCCCGUCGUCGGCUCUGCUGAGCGGGUCGGUGGACGGGCGGAGGAUGGCGAGGUCGUUACUUCGUCUGGAUGAACUGGAA